CCCAGUGAAGCUAAACCCUGUGAUACAUCAUCAGCUUGGAGCAAGAGUGGAUUCUGAACGUUGACUGAACAUUUAAGAAUUAGUAUGGGAUGUGCAAGCUCAAAAGAAAAGGGUGGUGGUGUGGAACAGAAGCAGAAUCCCCGACCCCCAGAAAACAGCAAAUGCAGAGACCCCACUCAAAAGUCAUCAUCACUGUUGCCUGGGCAGGUUCUGCAGAAUGGGGAUGCUGCAGUCACAGACAAGAAGACUGUGACUGCCUUAUUCUCAUACCAAGCUGAGAAUAAGAACGAACUAACUUUCAAAAAAGGAGAUAAAUUCUUAAUAUUGAAUGAGAAUGAAGAUUGGUGGAAAGCAAAGUCACUUUCCUCUGGCAAAGUAGGAUUAAUACCUUCCAAUUACAUCAAGUUAGAAAAAGAAGACAUUGAAACCAAAGACUGGUACUUUAAGAAUGUCAGCAGAAUAACAGCUGAGAGAAACCUGCUGUCUCCUGCCAAUAAACCAGGUGCCUUCCUCAUCCGCCAAAGUGAGACAACCGCAGGAAGUUACUCCAUGUCGGUGAGAGACGUGGGGCCUAAUGGCUCAGCUGUGGUAAAGCAUUAUAAGAUUCGCCUACUGGAAAAUGGAGGAUUUUACAUCUCUUCAAGAAUCACCUUCAAAACAUUAGAUGACCUCAUUGCGUACUAUCGGAAGGAAGCCAAUGGUUUAUGUCGGCGAUUAGGCAACGCAUGUGUGAAACCUAAAAACGCAGUCCAGUGGGAUGAAGAUGCCUGGGAAAUCGCCAAAGAAUCUCUUUAUAUGACGAAAAGGCUUGGAGCUGGUCAGUUUGGUGAGGUCUGGUUAGCAAUAUACAAUAACACUACUAAAGUGGCAGUGAAGACCCUGAAGCCAGGCAGCAUGUCAGUUGAGGCAUUCCUGCAGGAGGCUAACUUGAUGAAAACUCUACAGCAUGACCGUCUUGUCCGUCUUUACGCCGUGGUCACCAAAUCACAGCCCGUCUACAUCAUCACUGAGUUCAUGGCUAAUGGGAGCUUGUUGGACUUUCUGAAAAGUCCACCAGGCAGAAAAAUAACGCUGCCUAAACUGAUCGACUUUGGAGCUCAAAUUGCAGAAGGCAUGGCGUACAUUGAAAAGAAGAACUACAUUCACAGAGACUUGAGAGCUGCAAAUGUCCUCGUUAGUGAAAGCCUGCUCUGCAAGAUCGCUGACUUCGGCCUGGCUAGGGUCAUUGAGGACAAUGAAUAUUCAGCCAGAGAAGGCGCUAAAUUCCCCAUUAAGUGGACUGCACCAGAAGCUAUAAACUAUGGUUCAUUCACUAUCAAAUCAGAUAUGUGGUCAUUUGGCAUCCUCCUCUAUGAGAUCGUCACCUAUGGGAAAAUUCCCUACACAGGUCUAAGCAACAGUGAAGUGAUGGCACGAGUGCAGCGUGGUUAUCGCAUGCAGUGUCCUAAUAACUGCCCACCUGAACUGUACGAGAUCAUGAAUUCAUGCUGGAAGGCCAAACCAGAGGAGCGACCCACAUUUGAAUACAUGCAAAGUGUGCUGGAGGACUAUUAUACAGCCACAGAGGGACAAUACCAAAGGCAGUCAUGAUACCAUACCAGAACAGAAACAACUAAGAGGAUCAAAGAGAAAUUAUUUUAUUUAGACAAGAGCAGUGACACCCAGCAAGCAGGUUAAGGACAACUUUGCCAAGGAAACACUUCCUAGAAUCGCACAAAGGAAGAAGAAACUUUGACAGACACAGAAAUAAGGAACUAAGACUCAGAAGGUGGAGAAUGUCCUUCUCUGCACUGAAGGCUGGCUGAGCUCAGUAAAUGGAUCCAAUGCACAGCAGCCAGAAAACAACAACAAAAAAAGACUAAUUACUUGGCUUUUUUGAGGUUGGUUAGUGACUAACAUUAAAAUUUCUGAAAAGACUAAUAGUAGAUGUAUCCACCAACAGAUGUUACGUUACUGCCUGGAAAAACAAAAGUAUUCAAAUGAAAAAGCUUACAGUUCAUGCUGAGGUACAGAAUGAGCCCAUUUAAAGCUAUACUCACUGGCCACUUCUCUCACACACCUCCCAGUUAUCCAGUCAAACAAUUAUAUGGCAACAGCACAAGAUGGAAACUCAUGUAGAUACAGGUCAAGCCUCAGUUAAUAGUUACGUCAAAAUGUGAUAAAUUGUGAUACUGACUGGUCUCAUUGAUAGUACAGGUUGGGCUGGUGACCUGUUCAUGUGGACAGGCUACAAAUAGAAAAAUCACAUGUUGGCUCCCCGGCGGCACGGUGGUGUAGUGCUGUCGCCUCACAGGAAGAAGGUCCGGGUUCGAUCCCAGUGACGGCCUUUCUGUGUGGAGUUUGCAUGUUCUCCCCGUGUCCGCGUGGGUUUCCUCCGGGUGCUCCGGUUUCCCCCACAGUCCAAAGACAGCAGGUUAGGUUAACUGGUGACUCUAAACUGACCGUAGUCAGUGUCUAUGUGUCAGCCCUGUGAUGACCUGGCGACUUGUCCAGGGUGUACCCCGCCUUUCGAUAGGCUCCAGCUUGCCUGUGACCCUGUAGAACAGGAUAAAGUGGCUACAGAUAAUGAGAUGAGAUGUUGGCUCCCAGUCAGCCUCAAAUAGGAAGGCUACAGUGGGCAUGGACUUACCAAAACUGGACAGGUUAAGUUCGGGGGGGGGACCUACCCCACCCCUCCACCCAGUCUUUAAGCUACCUCAUCUGUUAGCAGAAGACAUGGAUCCUGAAAUGCUUUUUUUUUUAUGCUCGUAGUUGCAAACAGUGGUUAUUUGAAUUACUGUCAUCUUCCUGUCAGAUCAAACCAGUAUAGCCUUCCUUCUCUGGAGGCAUUUCUGCAUAAAGGGUUUAUUGUAAAGGGUGACCCCAAAAAAGUUUAACCAGCCCUGUGUAAGUAAUGGA